UUUACACUCAUUCCUCUGCUGCUGAAGACCCCUGGCUGAUGGGGCCUGCCCUGCGUGUGUGUAUGUGUGUGUGCGAGCACUGUGUUAUUGUCUGUGCCUGCAUUGUGUAAAAGAGCUCUGUAUUUUUAGACGCUGGAAAGUCCCCUGUGACGCCCACAUCCAGCCCACGGCGCUCGGCACUAACCCUAACGCCACACUAACGCUAACUCAGUCGUCACGGUGACUGACAGCCGAGGAGUGCGGUGCGGCGCUGCGUUCCAGGAGCUCGGUGUGACGGAGUGACCGUGGAUGAGUACAGGCAGAGGGGUGAGGACCACGACCUCCGCCGAGACGGCAUGGAGGGGGGUCUGUGGCCCCUGGCGGGCGCUAAGAGGGCUCAUGCGCGCUGCAUCCAGGACCUCAUCAAGAGGGACAUCGUUCCUCCGUGCGACUCAGGUCCCGGGGUCUUUCACCUGAAAUCCCUGCACCGGUACAGUGUGGGAUUGCGGUCAAAGCCUGUCCACGCGGCCCUCGGGGAUGCGCUGUCCACAGCACUGCUAGAUCUGCCCCUGCAGAGAGCGCUGGAGGAGAGCGGCUCGCUGAACUGGUGCGCGACGGAGGCACCCCUGUACGCGCUGAAAGGCGCCGAGCGAGAGGACGGCCUGCUGGACGCCGUGGCCAUGAGCAUGUGGGGGGUUCCGGACACAGACCUGUCCCUGCGCACCGCCCUCUACAACACGGCGGCUCGAGGCCCCCCCACCAAGCUCCGUCCAGAGGGACGCCGCGAGUGGACAGCAGAAGGACAGAAUCAGCCCGGCGGUGAGGCGUGGGACCACGUGAUUCGGCUCCUGGAGCCGCGCACCCGAGACGAGGUCCCGGGGGACAAGGGCGCCUACCUGCACGUGCACCUCUUCCUGCUCGCCAACGUCAUCCGCAGAGCCAUCGUAGUGUUGAGCGGGAGUGCAGAGCACACGAAGAGCGCGGCUGCUGGUUGGGCCUCGAACCAGGGGCCGGCAGGGGUCUACCUCCCUCUGCUGUGGGACAGCGCGGACUGCUACCCGUACCCUGUGGUCCUCGGGAGCGUGUUUCCGUGGCGACGCUUUGCCCCCCUCGUGACAGUCAGUUCGCACUGCGACACAAAAGGCACCGUAGCCCUGGCGUGGCGCCCCCCAGGAGAGGCACCCCGAGCCCUGCCGCUGCGCUUCCCUCCCGACGGCGACGACGGGCGCUGGCUGAGGACCUACCUGCACGCAGCCGACUCACACCUGGGCGGCUACGCUGUCCAAACUGCCAGGUUAAACACACUCCAGCUGCCGGAGCACCUCGUCCUCGAGCAGUGCUGUGCGCAAGUGUGUCCCCAGGAGGACCCACGGAGCCUCCGGAGGGAAGUGCACAGACCCCCAUCCUCCUCAUCCCCCAGAAUGCUACCCGUCGCCACGGAAACAUGCCGGUCCUCCCCAGCCACGUCCGCCUGGCAGCAGUGCCUGGGUGGGAAAUGUGAGAAAGGGAGGCCGCCCCGGUGCACGCUGGGAGCAGAUCGCCCUGAGGGUAGAGGGUACCUGAGCAUGGAGCACAGCGCCAGCGGCCCCCCCUCUCGGCCACAGCUGCCUGCAGGGCCCAGCUCUGCUCCCUCCCACCUGCUCCGGUACAGCUGUACCCACAAUGCCGAGGGGCCGCGGACUCCCCCGUGGAGCGACCGCACCCGGAACCCCCCCGCAGGGGUCAACCGGGCGCCGCUGUCUGGCGUUUCCACGGAGACGAGCGACUUCCUGUGCGGGAGGUGUGUCUCCUGCAAGCUGGAGACUCGCACUUUCAACGGUCUGUGCUUCAGGUGCCUGCAGAGCCGCACGGCGCCCCCCCCAGGCGGACACCCAGCCCCAGGACCCCCCCUGGAGCUCGCGCCGCCCCAGGACCGGGACCCGCCUGCAGGGGGGCUGUUCACGGAGCGGUGCCGUACCCCGCACUGCGUUUACUUCGGAACCCCCAAGCGCUCGGGGUACUGCAGCCUGUGUUACUGCAGCCAGGAUGCAGUGCAGGCCGCUCCCCCACCACCCACCCCGUCUCUCCAGCUGUCGUCCACGCUGAGGGGUCUCCCGCGUUGCUCCGCCCCCGGCUGUCACAUGCUGGGGACGCCCGCCUUCCGCGGCCUCUGCGAGCGCUGCCACCUGUCGUCACGCCAGACGGCCAUCAGCGCGCCGCAGUGCCACCUUCAGGCCAGCAGGGGAACCCACCGGAGAUGCGACACGCUUGGAGUUUCUCAGAGAGCUGAGCAGUCAGACAGCGGCUGUGGGUUCGAGUCCCCACGCUGACGGGGCAGGGGACGGCGGUGAGGAAGGGGGCUGGACCACGGAGAGACCGCAAACAUCACAGGAGCCUCAUCCUCAUCACCUGCACCACCGCCCACUGCUGGUGGAACCGCUCCACCUGGUCACCGAGAGACGGCGCUUUCGCUCCCCGCUUGUCCGAGGUGUGCGUUUUCAGAGUCUGUGGGGGGGGGAUGAGGUGGACGACUGAUCCGUCC